CGCCACGUGAUGACGCCCGUCGCCUGCGCUCGGGCGAACUGGACCAGAAACCCCGCGAAAACCGACUCUCCUGUGCGUUGCACGUUUUGCUGAUUUCCCAGUAUUGUUCAUUCCGUCCGACUGCCCCGAUCCUCUGGAGAGAAUUUUAAGAAAAAAAGUAAUACAGGAAAAAAAAAAAACACAAACAAAAUACCACUCUCUCAAGACCCGGAAGCGGAAAGGGCAUCUUUGAGGUCGAUAUUUCCGGGUCACUGGAAGAGUGCGGGAUUCCGGGCCCGAGAGCGGUUGGUGGAGCCGGGACCUCGCGUGAUUGUCGGAGCCCGCGGAGAAGCGGUGUCCGGGGCUAUGGCUGUAACUCUGGACAAAGACGCCUAUUAUCGGCGGGUGAAGAGACUGUACAGCAAUUGGCGGAAAGGAGAAGAUGAGUAUGCCAAUGUUGAUGCCAUUGUUGUAUCUGUGGGUGUUGACGAAGAAAUUGUUUACGCCAAGUCAACUGCCUUGCAGACAUGGCUUUUUGGUUAUGAACUAACUGAUACCAUCAUGGUCUUCUGUGAUGACAAAAUCAUCUUUAUGGCCAGCAAGAAAAAAGUGGAGUUUUUGAAACAGAUUGCCAACACUAAAGGCAAUGAAAAUGCUAAUGGAGCCCCUGCCAUCACUCUGCUAAUUCGAGAAAAGAAUGAAAGUAAUAAGAGCAGCUUUGACAAAAUGAUAGAAGCCAUUAAAGAAAGCAAGAAUGGCAAGAAGAUUGGAGUGUUCAGCAAAGACAAAUUCCCUGGAGAGUUCAUGAAAAGCUGGAAUGACUGCCUGAACAAAGAGGGUUUUGACAAAGUAGAUAUCAGUGCAGUUGUGGCAUAUACUAUCGCUGUCAAGGAGGAUGGGGAGCUCAACCUCAUGAAGAAAGCAGCCAGCAUCACCUCAGAAGUCUUCAACAAAUUCUUCAAAGAAAGAGUCAUGGAAAUAGUUGAUGCAGAUGAGAAAGUUCGACACAGCAAAUUGGCUGAGUCUGUGGAAAAGGCCAUUGAAGAGAAAAAAUAUCUGGCUGGGGCAGAUCCUUCUACUGUGGAAAUGUGUUACCCUCCCAUUAUUCAGAGUGGUGGCAACUAUAAUCUCAAAUUUAGUGUGGUGAGUGACAAGAAUCAUAUGCAUUUUGGGGCCAUCACUUGUGCCAUGGGUAUUCGCUUCAAAUCUUACUGCUCCAACCUUGUUCGCACCUUGAUGGUUGACCCUUCUCAGGAAGUUCAAGAUAAUUACAACUUUUUACUCCAGCUUCAAGAGGAGCUGCUAAAGGAAUUAAGACAUGGUGUGAAGAUAUGUGAUGUGUAUAAUGCCGUCAUGGAUGUGGUUAAAAAGCAGAAACCAGAGCUGCUGAACAAAAUUACCAAAAACCUUGGAUUUGGAAUGGGAAUUGAAUUUCGUGAAGGUUCUCUAGUAAUCAAUAGUAAAAAUCAGUACAAACUGAAAAAAGGAAUGGUUUUCAGCAUCAAUUUGGGAUUCUCAGAACUGACUAACAAGGAGGGGAAAAAACCAGAAGAGAAAACCUAUGCACUGUUCAUUGGUGAUACAGUACUUGUAGAUGAGGAUGGCCCAGCCACUAUUCUCACAUCUGUUAAGAAGAAAGUGAAAAAUAUGGGGAUUUUUCUAAAGAAUGAAGAUGAGGAAGAAGAGGAAGAGGAGAAGGAUGAAGCAGAGGACCUUUUGGGAAGAGGUUCUCGAGCAGCAUUACUUACCGAGAGAACCCGAAAUGAGAUGACUGCUGAAGAGAAGCGAAGAGCACAUCAGAAAGAACUGGCAGCUCAACUCAAUGAAGAAGCGAAAAGGAGAUUGACUGAACAGAAAGGAGAGCAGCAGAUUCAGAAAGCUCGCAAAUCUAAUGUGUCUUAUAAAAACCCAUCCUUGAUGCCUAAGGAACCACAUAUUCGAGAAAUGAAGAUCUAUAUUGAUAAGAAAUAUGAGACUGUAAUAAUGCCAGUAUUUGGCAUUGCAACACCUUUCCAUAUUGCCACAAUCAAGAACAUAAGUAUGUCCGUGGAAGGAGAUUAUACCUACUUGCGAAUUAACUUCUAUUGCCCAGGCAGUGCACUGGGCAGGAAUGAGGGCAACAUCUUUCCCAACCCUGAAGCCACUUUUGUCAAGGAAAUUACCUAUCGAGCUUCAAAUAUGAAGGCACCUGGGGAACAGACAGUGCCAGCACUGAAUCUUCAGAAUGCUUUCCGGAUUAUAAAAGAAGUACAGAAGCGUUAUAAGACUCGUGAAGCAGAGGAGAAGGAGAAGGAGGGCAUUGUGAAACAAGAUUCACUUGUGAUCAAUCUAAACCGGAGUAAUCCCAAGCUCAAAGAUCUGUACAUUCGCCCUAACAUUGCCCAGAAAAGAAUGCAAGGCUCUCUGGAGGCCCAUGUCAAUGGUUUCCGCUUCACAUCUGUUCGAGGAGACAAAGUGGAUAUCCUGUACAAUAACAUCAAACAUGCCUUGUUCCAACCCUGUGAUGGAGAAAUGAUUAUUGUCUUGCACUUUCACCUCAAGAAUGCCAUCAUGUUUGGGAAGAAGCGGCACACAGAUGUUCAGUUCUACACGGAAGUGGGAGAGAUCACCACAGACCUGGGGAAACAUCAGCAUAUGCAUGACCGGGAUGACCUCUACGCUGAGCAAAUGGAGCGAGAAAUGAGGCACAAACUGAAGACAGCUUUUAAAAAUUUUAUUGAGAAAGUAGAGGCUCUAACAAAAGAGGAACUGGAAUUCGAAGUGCCUUUUAGAGAUUUGGGAUUUAACGGCGCUCCCUAUCGGAGUACCUGCCUCCUCCAGCCCACUAGCAGUGCGCUGGUAAAUGCUACAGAAUGGCCCCCUUUUGUGGUGACAUUGGAUGAAGUGGAGCUGAUCCACUUUGAACGUGUUCAGUUCCAUUUGAAGAACUUUGAUAUGGUAAUAGUUUAUAAGGAUUAUAGCAAGAAAGUGACUAUGAUUAACGCCAUUCCUGUAGCCUCUUUGGAUCCCAUCAAGGAAUGGCUGAAUUCCUGUGACCUAAAGUAUACAGAAGGAGUACAGUCCCUCAACUGGACUAAAAUCAUGAAGACCAUUGUUGAUGAUCCCGAGGGCUUCUUUGAACAAGGUGGCUGGUCUUUCCUGGAGCCAGAGGGUGAGGGAAGUGAUGCUGAGGAAGGAGAUUCAGAAUCUGAAAUUGAAGAUGAGACUUUUAAUCCUUCCGAGGAUGACUAUGAGGAGGAGGAGGAGGACAGUGACGAAGAUUACUCAUCAGAGGCUGAAGAAUCAGAUUAUUCUAAGGAGUCACUGGGCAGUGAAGAGGAGAGCGGAAAGGAUUGGGAUGAACUGGAGGAAGAAGCUCGAAAAGCGGACCGUGAGAGUCGUUACGAGGAAGAAGAGGAACAGAGUCGAAGUAUGAGCCGGAAGAGGAAGGCUUCUGUACACAGUUCAGGCCGAGGCUCUAACCGUGGUUCCAGACAAAGCUCUGCACCCCCAAAGAAAAAGAGGAAGUAACACUUCUGAACUUUGGUCUUCAGCUCCAUUUUUCCUUCAUCCAACCCCUGAAAGUUUUACACGACAUAGAAGCUGUAUUUUUCCUUUUGUUUCCUUUAAAGCUCUGCCAUUUGUGUUUAUGGGUUUAGGGGGCCAUUUGUGUGGACCAAUCUACCUGGGGAAUUCCAGGCCCUCCAGGACAUGGACCAGUGGCCCCAUGCAGAUGGCAGGGGAGGCGGUGAAGAAGGACGGAGACUCAUGUUAAUAGUGCUCCAUUCCUCUUCCUGUCGCCCUCUGUCAGGACAUCGAUGGCUUCUGACAUCUUACUCUUGGUGUCUCAAAGCUGUUUCCAAGAAAAUGGUACCUGUACCAUGGUCUUGACCAGCAGAUUCAGUCCUUCAUCUUAUGCUAAGACCUUCCUCAUGUCUCUCUAAGUUCCAUCAUUGCAAUAAUCAAGAAAAGGUUCUUAGAAUUUGCUAAUGAUGGGAUAAAUCAUGCAACUUGAGCUAGCAAGGCAGAUUGGGCUGGUGCCUUCAUCUGAAUUCUGCUUUCUUGCCUCGUACGGAUUUUGAGGUGUUUCUGCUGACUUAGAAGCAGUGACACUCCCUAGCUCAGUUAUUUCUCCCUUUACAUUCAUACCUGCUGCCACAAUAGAAGGCAGGAUUACCACUAUCACUUCUGAUAGAUAUAUCUAAGGAUGAAAAGUUGUGCCUCGUACACUGCUUCCAGCGGAAUCUAGAAGGAGGCCCAAAGGAAUCCACCUUUAGGUUUGCCUAGAAUGCCCUAGCAAGAGAGGAAAGGAAGGGAGGCCACAUCUUGAACGCAGCUUCUCGUCACUGCUGCUCCUUACACUUACCUGUCCUGUAUUUAUCAGUUUCUGUUGUGACCAGCUUUUUAAUAUUGGGGGAGUUUAUCUUGCCAUCCCUGCCUCCUGAUUCUCUGCACCUACCCGUCCCACUGCAGUUCUUUCUGUAUUCUGUGACUUUUAAGAGAGCGGGGGAGGGAUCAUGGAUUUUAUGUUUGUUUAUUUUUUUUCUCCUUAGCAGUAGGACUUGAUAUUUCAAUUUUGGAAGAACUAAAAGAAAUAAACUGUGGGGUUUUUUGUUGUU